AUGAAACCAACAAUUAAGGAGAGAUUUGAAUGGUUGGUUCGAAGCAGGCAAUUCUGUAUCAAGGAACGAAGGGAGAAUGUGGAAAAACUGGCAUCGUUACGUGCCACUUUGGGAGACGAUGAUUUUUUCAGUCAUACUGUUCUUGUAGACAGCUCAUUUGAAGUGGUUGGCAAGUUGGAAAAUGAAGAUUCCGAAAUUCCUGCUGAUAUUAAGGAAACAUUCAAAAAUAUCAACACCAUAACUGUAAAAAUUUAUAAUUUAGUUAAGAAUUUUUACACCAAUUGCAGGCAACAGGAUCGAGCACGAUUAACAGUCAACACCAAACAACAGCAACGAGUCAUGAAAAGUGCUGCCUUGUUCAAAUGUAGAACUUGCUCCAACAUGCUUCAAUUGUGGGAACGAGAUGGUAUGGUUCAACCAAAUGGAGAGGUUAAAGCAAAAAGAUGUUUUCGUUGUGUCGAGAGGAGAAGGGAGAGUGAGAGAUUGAAACGAGAUCAAGUGAGAGAGGAAGGAAUUUGGUGCAGCAGACACAUCAAUAUUCCUUUUCAAUUGGUUGAUAAUGGACGAAGAAGAGCGUGUUUGAGAUGUGGAAAUGAUCGAUUGAAUGGAUGUCAAAAAAGUUUGGAAACGUGUGCUUGUACAGUGCAACGAAUGGAUUCUGUCCAAUGUACUCGAUGCAAAAUAGACCUGUCCGGGAUGGUUUCCAUUGGAGGAUCGAUUCAUCACUUGAUAUUUGGAUGUCCAGAAGCAAAGAAAACCUUUCGAAACACUCGUUCCUUCCAUUCCUGUCAGGUACACAAAGGCUCCUUCUAUUUUCGACAUGAAGAGCCAGUGGUUGUUCUAUGUCGAGGUUGUCAUUAUAUUAUUCACACCAAAGCGUUACUGAAGAAGCAGGUGAAUGCUUCCAAUUCACGUAAGGCUCAUAAGGAGUGUGUCAACAAACUCGGAGGUAAAUGUUUGGUGUGUCAUUAG